AUGUCCAAAUCCGAAGAGCCAACGCAGGAACAGAGGAAGGAAGAGGCGUCUCCGGAAGCGUGUUUGACACAAGAUGUGACGCUGAACUGCCUAGCUCGUGUCUCGAGAAUGGACCUCGCCGCCUUAUCUGUCGCCUCCAAGAGUUAUCACUCUCUAGUGGCGUCGUCUGAUCUCUACAAGAUCCGAUCGUUGAUGGAUCGCACCGAAACAUACAUCUACGUAUGCUUACUCACCCCUCCUCCUGACCCAAAUCCACGUUGGUAUAUACUCCGACGUAGAAAAACCCUAGACGCCUCUGAUCUGAUUCCGAUCCCUUCGCUCCCCUCUCAGCCUCCGGAAGCAUCAUCAGUGGUGGUGCUGGAUUGGAGCAUCUAUGUGAUCGGUGGAAUGAGAAACGGGAAGAAGCGCACUUCAGAUGUCUGGCUCUUGGAUUGUCUGACUCACAGGUGGCGCCCCGUACCUUGCAUGGGACUGGGAGUGGCUCGAGCUUACGCAGCUGCUCAAGUCGUAGAUGGGAAGAUUUACGUGUUAGGAGGCUGCCGUAGAUUUGACCCUAACAAGUGGGGAGAGGUGUUCGACCCAAAGACUCAGACUUGGGAUACUUUGCCGCCCAUGCCGUCGAUGCCGACAAGGAAAGAAGGCAAUAAAAAUAUACACGACAGUGUGGUGAGGGAUCAAAAGGUUUACGUAGUGGAUGGAACGGUUAGAACCUAUUACUACUCCCCGAGGCAAGGUCUAUGGGGCUGUGGGAAUCGUGGUCAAGUGAAGGGAAACCGAAGGGACUGGUGUAUGAUUGAUAAUUUGGUCUACUGUCUUAAUGUGAACGGGAGUAUAUAUUGGUUUGAGCCAGAUGAGUUUGAUUUGCGUGAGCCAGAAGGGAUGAUGGAUACAAAGGAGGUCAAGGGUUUGGGCUCUCUCAAAAGGACUCUGUUUCGUUCCAGAGUGGUCCACUUUGGUGAGCAUUUACGUCAACAGUGGGAGCAAGAUAAGAUCAAGCAUGGUAUAACCCCCCAAACGAAGAACCCGUUUGUUAUAAGCCUCGAGUUGGAAGAUUUACUUCCAGGGGCUAGACUGAGCAACUCUGGUGGGAACAUUAUGCUCUUCUGGGACGUCAUUGAGAGGGAUCGUCUUGAGAUUUGGUGUGCAGAGAUCUCUUUGGAGAGACGCCAAGGAGGAGAUGUUUGGGGCAACAUUGAAUGGUCUAAUGCUGUCAUGACCCGUGUUCCUUUCUUAGAGCGUUAUAAGGUUUUGUAUUCUGUUUCUGUAACUCUCUGA